AGUAAAACCAGAUGGAGAAGGCCAACCACAUGUUUUGGUGGUGUUCCCUUGCUCCACCCAGAAAUGUCAUGGCUCUCUAUCCAUUUUAGACUUGCGGAUAAAGAACUUCUUCCUUGUGUUAGGAUCCAUGCUAGAUAUCCCUUGGCCUGUUCCUUAGAAUUUAACUAGAUAUCUUUAUGUCUUGGCCUAGUGAGUUGACAUAGUUAUACUUUAUCAUCUUCUUCUUCUUAAUUAUCCUUCUUCUUGGUUUUGAAUCCUUUUUUGGCGGUUGGAAUUGGCCAAGUAAUGAGAGAAGGGAUAAGGAAUGUUUGGAUAAGCAUAUCUCUUCAUGCUUGUUAGAUUAGGCUUCGUGGUUGCGGCCUCGAUCGCAGCCUAUGCAGUUAGGCAGGUUAACUGUUCGCGGCCGCUGCAAGUAAAGCCUCCAGAAAAUGGCGAGCUGGCACCAAAACUUGAGCAUAAAGAGGAAGAGGAAAAAGAUUCGGAAUAUGAUGUCAAAGAACAUGUUGAGAAAGAAGAAGAGGAGGAGGAGGAGGAGGAGAAAGUUAAAACAAUCAACAGCGUGAUAAAUCCAGCCCAAAGCAAUUCGACUCCUGUCAACAUAGAAGAUGAUGAAAUGCUCCCCGACUUCGAAAACCUCCUCUCCGGAGAAAUCGAAUUACCGCUGCCGAACGAUAAGUUCGACGUCAAGGAGAAGUCUCAGUACGAUAUCGAGAUGGCCAACAAUGCUUCUGAAUUGGAGAGGCUUCGCAAUUUGGUUAAGGAGUUGGAGGAAAGGGAGGUUAAGCUCGAAGGCGAGCUUCUCGAGUACUACGGCCUUAAAGAGCAGGAGUCGGAUAUAGCUGAAUUGCAGAAGCAGCUGAAGAUCAAGACAGUGGAGAUUGAUAUGCUGAACAUAACAAUAAACUCUUUGCAAGCGGAGAGGAAGAAGCUUCAGGAGGAAAUCGCGCAAAGUGCUUCUGCGAAGAAGGAGUUGGAGGUUGCGAGAAACAAGAUAAAGGAGCUUCAGAGGCAGAUACAGCUCGACGCGAGCCAGACGAAGGGGCAGCUUCUGCUUCUGAAGCAGCAGGUCACGGGGCUGCAGGCGAAGGAGGAGGAGGCGUCGAAGAGAGAUGCGGAGGUCGAGAAGAAGCUGAAAGCUUUUAAGGAGAUGGAAGUGGAGGUGGUGGAGUUGAGGAGGAGGAGCAAGGAGCUGCAGCAUGAGAAGAGGGAGCUGACGGUGAAGCUUGAUGCUGCUGAAGCCAAAGUGGCAGAGCUCUCCAAUUUGACAGAGAGUGAUUUGGUCGCCAGCGCGAGAGAGGAGAUCACCAAUCUAAGACACAUCAAUGAAGAUCUCUCCAAGCAAGUUGAAGGCCUACAAAUGAACCGGUUCAGCGAAGUAGAGGAACUGGUCUACCUGCGCUGGGUCAACGCGUGCCUACGCUACGAACUCCGGAAUUACCAAACUACUUCAGGCAAAAUCUCGGCUCGCGAUCUGAACAAAAGCUUAAGCCCGAAAUCGCAAGAGAGAGCCAAACAGCUUAUGCUAGAAUACGCUGGAUCCGAGCGCGGCCAAGGCGACACCGAUCUCGAAAGUGUUUCCUCAAUGCCUUCUUCGCCAGGAAGCGAAGACUUCGACAAUGCUUCUAUAGACAGCUUAUCUAGCAGAUACAGCUCUCUCAGCAAGAAACCAACUAUAAUUCAAAAGCUUAAGAAGUGGGGGAAAAGCAAGGAUGAUAACGGCUCUUUAGCCUCGCCCACAAGGUCCCCGAUGAGGACUAGUGUGAGUAAAGCGAAGGGCCCGUUGGAAGCUCUGAUGCUAAGAAACGCCGGAGAUGGCAUGGCCAUCACUAGUUUCGGAAGGAAAGAACAAGACCCCAAUGACUUCUUGGAAGAUGCUAAUCUCCCGCAGAUAAGAACGCAAAUGUCGUCGAAUGACCAAUUGAACAAUGUGGCGGCUUCGUUCCACCUUAUGUCGAGGACGGUCGAAGGUGUAGCUGAGGACAAGUAUCCGGCAUUCAAAGACAGGCACAAGCUCGCGUUGGAGAGGGAGAAGGCGAUAAAGGAGAAAGCAGACCAAGCGAGAGCGGAGAGGUUCGGCAAUAGUAGCAGUGAUUUGAAAACCAAAGUAGAGAGGGAGAAACCUGUUUCGCUCCCUCCGAAGCUAGCCCAAAUAAAGGAGAAGGUUCCAACGGCUAGUUCGGAUUCAAAUGAGCAGUCUAGUGAUAGCAAAAUGGAUAGUGCGGUAGUAGUGAGUAAAACCAAGCUUGCUCACAUUGAGAAAAGGGCUCCGAGAGUUCCUCGCCCGCCACCGACACCGUCGGGCGGUGCUCCUGCAAGUGGUAAUACCUCAGGUGGCUUACCGCCACCGCCUCCACGUCCGCCACCGCCUCCAGGUGCGCCGCCACCACCGCCGCCACCUGGCAGGCCUGGCGGGCCACCGCCACCGCCGCCACCUCCUGGAGGCCUAUUGAAGGGCACCGGAGGAGGCGACAAAGUGCAUCGCGCCCCGGAGCUGGUUGAAUUCUACCAGACGCUGAUGAAGCGUGAGGCGAAGAAGGAACCGACUUCUCUGGGUUCUACGACAUCGAGCACCGCUGACGCGAGAAGCAAUAUGAUCGGAGAGAUCGAGAACCGAUCGACAUUCCUCUUAGCUGUAAAAGCUGAUGUUGAGACACAAGGUGAUUUUGUUGAAUCUUUGGCCACCGAGGUCCGAGCUGCAAGAUUUACAAAUAUUGAAGAUCUUGUCUCCUUUGUUAAUUGGCUGGACGAAGAACUGUCCUUCUUGGUCGAUGAACGGGCCGUUCUUAAGCACUUCGAUUGGCCUGAGAGUAAAGCUGAUGCCCUGAGAGAGGCGGCUUUCGAAUACCAGGACCUGAUGAAAUUAGAGAAACAGGUCUCGUCUUUCGUCGACGACCCUAAACUUUCAUGUGAACCUGCACUGAAGAAAAUGUACUCGCUGCUCGAAAAAGUCGAGCAGAGCGUUUACGCGCUCCUGCGAACCCGAGAUAUGGCUAUUUCACGCUAUAGGGAGUUCGGAAUUCCAGUUGAUUGGUUAUCAGAUGCAGGUGUAGUGGGCAAGAUCAAACUAUCAUCUGUCCAACUGGCAAAGAAGUACAUGAAGAGGGUCGCGACCGAGCUCGAUGCUUUGAACGGCGCCGAGAAAGAGCAUAACAGGGAAUUCUUGCUUCUCCAGGGUGUGAGGUUCGCCUUCAGGGUUCAUCAGUUUGCGGGAGGAUUCGACGCGGAGAGCAUGCGGGCAUUCGAGGAACUGAGAAGCAGGAUGAAUACGCAAGUUCCUGGUGCUCAGAAAACUGAUGCCUGAGCUCUAUUCGACAAGGAUGAAAAAGUUGUAAGAUGCUGAUAUAUACACAAGAUAAAGUUGCUAGUAAUAAUAAUUUAAAUUAAGAUCCGGAUGAGAAAGCUGUAUAGGCACCCUCCUUGAAUUUUAUUAUGUUGUUGGUGCAGUUUGAUUAUAUUUGCAGGACCUAGUUUCAUUCACUUGCGCACUGAUGUUCAUGUAGCAAAACAGCAAAAAAAACAUUGUUAUAUAUGCGAGUUCUUUGUAAUUUGUUUUUUUGUUUUUGUUUUUUUGAGAAAUAGGUAGCCUCGUUUGAUUA